GUCACGCGUCCCAUGAUCCUCAGCGCGGAGUUUGCAGCGGAGCGCGCGCCACCCUUGGUUGCCGGGGCGAGUGACCCGGGCCGGUGCCCGACCCCCGCCCGCUCCGUCCCGCACCAUGCCGCCCUGGCCCCGGAGACCCCAAACUCGUCUCCCAAUGAUCGUCAAUCACCUCAAGAACCAGGGCCUCUUCGACCAGUUCCGCCGCGACUGCCUGGCCGACGUGGACACCAAGCCUGCUUACCAGAACUUACGACAGCGAGUGGAUAAUUUUGUGUCCAACCAUCUUGCAAGUCAUACGUGGAGCCCUCAUCUCAACAAGAAUCAGUUGAGAAACAGUCUGAGACAGAUGGUGCUACAGUCGGGUAUGCUGGAGGUAGGCGUCGACAGGAUCAUUUCUCAAGUUGUGGAUCCAAAGAUUAAUCACAUAUUCCGACCUCAGGUUGAGAAAGCUGUUCAUGAGUUUUUAGCAACUGUGGAUCGGAAAGAAGAACCUGCUUCUGCGAACGUUGCUCAAAACUCUGAGAAACAAGAGCCAACCACUCCAGGCCCUUCCAGUUGUCCUAGCACAAGCAAAGCUAAUGAUGCCCUUUCUAUCUUGGAUACUAUAACCUCUCUUAAUCAGGAAGCCAGUGCUGCCAGGUCUACAGUUGAGAAUUCAUCUGGUAAAAAUUGUGAAAAGAAUUCUAGAAAGAUCUCCACUACAGAAAUCAAGUCUCAAAGUUUUGACCUUGGAACAGAGAAAGAUCACGUUACUGAAGAAACUGAAAAAUUUGUAUUAGAAGCCAAAGUGGAUGAUGGAAAGCUUUAUCCUAAAUCAGAAGGAUUAAUUAAUGCUUUAACAUCUUUGAAGGAUUUUGAGGAUAAGCAUGAAAAGGCUGAGACCGUUGUGGAAAAUAUAGAAGAUGUGAAUGAAAAAAGUGAUAAAAUUGAUAAGAGAGACAAAGAUGUAAUAAGAAGCGAACAACUUGGGCUCUCAAAAAAUGAGCGAAGAGGCAAAAGGAAAGACUGUGAAUCUGUCCGACAUAUAUCUGGAACUCUAAUUGUUAAACAGACAGCCAAGGAAAACUUAAAGAAAGAAUAUUUCUUGGAAGAUUCUGAUUUUGAAGGCCUGAGUGACAUCACAGUUAGUUCCGUCCAUACCAGUGAUCUUUCUUCUUUUGAUGAGGAGGAUGAUGAAGAGGAGGGUGAAGUUCCAGCUUCCGACAGCUCUGAUGAAUUUCAAGAGCAAAGUUCAGAAGAAAAAGAGAUGAAUUUGGAAACAAACGAAGGAGAACAAAAGGAAGGCAAAGCAAAACCUGGACGGCAUCCAUAUGUCCACAAACCUUUCUUGUAUUCUAAGUACUAUAAUGAUUCAGAUGAUGAAGAAACUGUAGUUCAACGUCGACAGUCAAUUGCAAAAGAAAAGGCAGAGCGGUUACUCAGGCGACAGUGGAACAGGGAAAGGGUAGAGGACAAGCACAAACAGUUGGAAAUUGAGAAAGACCGGCCACCAGAGGAGAUUCAGAGGAAUGAAGAAAAUCUCCAAACACUGGAAAAAGGUAUUAAUAGUAAUUUAAGUGUUGAAUCCAAUUCAAGAAAAAUGCAACAGCCAUCAGCCCUAAUUUCAAAAGUUAGCAAAGCAGCUUUGAAAGAACAAAAAAUCUUGGAGAAAAAAGUGGCAUUGAGAAGAAAAAGGAAAGGAGAUUUAAGAACCUUAUCGGGGGAAAUUGCUCUGCACCAUGAAGAUCGAAAAAGAAAACGUGAACUGCCAGAAGAAUUUAAGGAAACACAGAUUAGAACUGAGUUUCUUUUUCAGAACAAAGAAAAGGCAUUUGCUUCUACUUCAAAAGAUUCCAAGAAUGCACAGACCCCAGAUCAGCCGCUCAGAUCUGUUCAGAUACUUUCAGAGUUUAAUGGUGAAAGCAGCAACCAUUUAAAAAUUGAUGAUGAGUCUUGCCAAAAGCAACCAAGAAACAAUAAUUCAGAUAUGAGUGGAUUGGAAACAUCUCAUGUUAAUAAGCUUGAUGACUUUGGGAUAGAAGAAAAUCUUAAAGAACCAUUCAAGCACAGAGAUGAAAUGAAGCAUGUAAAACACAGUGAUGGGGAACUGGUGGUGUCUGAAAGUGGCUCUUGGACAUGUGAUAGUCAUACUAAUGCUGAUCCGAAAGUGGGAACUGCUUUGGAGGAUAGUGUCAUAACCAAUUGCCAUCAGGUUAUCCUCUCAGGUGACAGCAAAGCUCUAAUUUCUUCAGAUUCUGCAGAAUUAUCAAUCUCAGAACAUGGCCAAGAUAUCAAAUCUAGAGACCAUUCAAAACUAAAGGAAGAAAAGGUAAAAGAAAAGAAACAUGUUGCUGAAGGCUCCUGGCCAAAAUCCAGGGAGACUACACAGGAAGGUGCAAAAGGUCAUGAGAAAAACAAAGAAAAAAGAAAUGAGUCUGAAUGCCUGCGACCAAAAUUCAAAGAAAACUUGCAUGAUGAUGUGAAAUCUAGUGAAAAAUGGAAAGAGAAACGAAAUGAUUCUGAAAACCCUUGUCUCAAAUUCAAAGAAAGUAUAUAUGAAGAUGCUAAAAGCAGAGAAAAGAAAAAUGAGUCCGAACAUGGUCGAACAAAAUCUAGGGAAAAUACCCUUGAUGAAAAAGGCCAUGAGAAAAGUAAAGAGAAGAAAUACAUGUCAGAAUGCUCUCGGUCGUUAUCUAAGGAAAGCUUGCAAGAAGACGCAAAAGGCUCUGAAAAAGGCAAAGAAAGGAAAGCUGAAUCUGGGAGCUCCCGAUCAAAAUCCAGAGAGAAAAUGCAUGAUGAUACAAGAAGUCAUGAGAAAGUCAAAGAGAAUCAAAAUGAAUCUGGAAGCUCGCGAUCAAAAUCGAGGGAAACUGUACAGGAGGAUGUUAGAAAUAAAGAUAAAAGGAAGAAUUUUGAAAAUGCACGGUCAAGAUCAAAGGAAGAAUUGCCAGAAGAUAAAAGUAGGGAAAAGAGAGUAGAAAAGAGGCGAGAAUCUGAAAGCUCAAAAUCUAAGGAAAAGGUUGAUGGCUCUCGGUCAAAAACGAAGGAAAGCAUUGAAUUAUCUCGAUCAAAGUCCAAGGAAGAUAAUGAAUAUAAUCAAAAGGGAAUAGAGAAAAGGCACGAUUCUGAAACUGCUCGGUUGAAAAUGAAGGAACAUUCAGAAAUCACUAGAUCAAAAUCCAGGGAAAAAUUGCAGGGAGAUGUUCAAUAUGACGAGAAGGUAGAAAAGAGGCGAGAUUCUGAAAACACUCGGCCUAAGUUUAAGGAUAAUGUUGAUGGCUCUCGGUCAAAAUCCAAGGACAAAGUGCGGGAUACUAUUCAAAAUGAAAAAGGAAUAGAAAAGAAACAUAGUUCUGAAAACCCCAGCUUAAAGUCCAAGGAAUAUACAGAAAGCUCGCACUCAAAAGUCAAGGAAAAGAUGAGAGAUUUUGCUCAGGGCACAAUGAAAGGAAUUGACAAGAAGCAUGAUUCCAAAAUCAGACAUUUUGAAAAAUCACGUUCAAGAUCCAAGGAAGAUUUACAGGAAGAUAAUGCAAAGAAGAUGGAAAGAAGGUAUGAUUUUGGCAGUACUCGGUCGAAGUCUGGGGAACGCUCUGAACAUUCACGGUCAAAAUCUAAGGAACAUUCAGAAAGUUCCCGAUCAAAAUACAAAGAGAGGGUGCAGGAAAAUAUUCAAAACAAUGAAAAAGGAAUGGACAGGAAACACAAAAAUGAAAACACUCUUUCAAAAACCAUGGAACAUUCUGAAAUGUCUCAGUCAAAAUCCAGUGAGAAAGGGAAGGAGAGCAUUAAGGACAGUGAAAAGGGGAAAUUAAAGAAGAACGAUUUCCAAAAUGUUCAGUCAAAAUCUAAAGAAUUUUCUGAAAAUGUGCAAGCAAAGUCCAAAGAUAAAAUACAAGGUGAUGAGAAAGGAUCUGAAAAAGGUAAUUUUGUAACUAUUCAGUCAUGUUCUAAGGAGAAAGUGCAAGAUCUGCAAGGUAAUGAGAAAUUAGAAGAAAAAGAGAUCAAGUUGCCAGCUGCUUUGUUCAAGCCUAAAACAGGUCAUGAAGAUGAACAAAGUAGAGAGAAGAGUAGUAAGUUGAAAAAUGUGGCAAAAUAUGAGGAACAGGUGGAAAUUGCCAAAACUAAUGAAAUGGAAGAGAGAAAUAAAGUGGAGAAUGAUCAGUCAGGAUCCAAAGCUCAUCUGCAAAAAGAUAUUAAAAAUCAAGAGAUUGUAGAAGAAAAAAAUAUUAAAAAUUUAGAAUUUAAAGAAUGGUCUUUGGAAGAAAAUGAAACAACUGAUAUGAAGGAAAAAGCUGAAAACAUACACUCAAAGUCAAAUGAAGUUCAAAAUGAUCAGACUAAUGAUAAAAAAGGAACUGAUACAGAAAAUGUCCAGUUGAACUUAAAAGAAAGCAUACCAGAUACUAAGGAAAUUGCACAUAAUACUCCAGGAAACUUAGCGGAAAUUGAAAAUUUGAUAAAAACUGAAGACAAAUUAGAGGAGAGAAUAGAAAUCUCUGAAAGUGAAAGGAGUAAAGCUGGGUCUAUGGAAGAUAUACCUGUAAAUAUGGAAGAAAAAGAGCUUGAAACUGAACAAAAAGAGAUUGGUGGAUGUAAAACAUCUCAGUUAGUUAAAGAACAAACUGAAAAACCAGCUUAUGACCAAUUAGCAAGACCAAAUGAGAUAAAUAUUCCUCCAAACAUUGAGCAACAUGGAUCUUUACCUACCCCUUAUCAGACCUUUUCUCCUGAUAAUCCAACUAUGAAUGAUGCAGGGCUUCUUCAUCCAAUUGCUGCUAAAACGCAAUUUUUUCAUUAUGAUCCUUCUUCACCAGCUACUCCAACACUUGAUGAAAAUUUUAGCUAUGAGGCACCUUCCAGUGUUCCGGACUCAGUUGUGCCUUCUGUGGAAGGUCCUGGAAAGCAAGAGGCUCAUAGUUCAGAAAAUAUUGCAGAGGAAUUGUGUGAUAAAAAUCAAGUUGACGAAAUGGACACCAAAUGUGAACCAUCAAAAGUGGAGUUGCAAGAGUUGCCCGUUCAGCAGGAUGUGGUGUCAGAAAUAAACACAAGUGCCAUAUGUGAAUGGAAGGAUGAAGAUGUGACUGGGGAAUCUGUCAAAGGUGCUGAAGAGCAAAGUUCCUCUAAAAGAGAAAGAAAACCCAAGCGUCCAUACACUCCAGUAGAAAAUCCUCCUAAAAGGAGACAUCUUCAUUCAGAGGAGAAAUCUGCUGUGGUGGAUGAACCCAUUGAAGCCAUACUAGUUCAAGCACAAGAGGAAAGUCCAGCACAAUCACGAGGCAAAAUUACUUCAAAGGUUGAAGAAAAAGCAAGAAGCCAGGCAAAUGAUGCAAGUAGCCAGAAUAAACCGACCACUCGUGCAGCCAAGAAAGUAAGCAGUCCUGAGCAUUUGUCAAUAUCUGAGCGAGAAAGGCGUUCGUUGACUUCCACAAAAGAGAAACCAACAACUGAUUCAAAGGCAGGAAAAUCUCCAGCACUAGUAUCGGUCACAAGAUCAAGAAGUCAACCAUCUCCUGUGACUAAACAAGGACGUAAAAGAGAAGCAAGUCCAGAACGCAAAAGAAGACAACAUAAAGCUGAAGUGCCACCAAAGAGAACCAGGCGAUAACUUGGAAUGUUCAACGUUACCACUUGGACUCGACAAAAUUAAAGUGUUGUGUACAUUGUAUAUUAUAAAUUAUAUUUGUUGUAGUAAUCCAAGGGAAAGAAGUCAGUAUUGAUAGGUUAAAACUGUCUUUUUACUGUACUUUUGUGUUGUAUAUGAGAAAUGGCAAAAAAAGUUGUGCUUUUACCUGUUGUAACUUGCAAUUUUAAGUACAAGGUUUUCAUUCUAUGAAUGUAUUUUAUUUUUACCAAAUCCUAUUUAAUAAAAUUGUUUGCUGAAAGUAAGCAACUGAGGGAUGCAGCUAUUCACAGUAUAAUUUUGUACAUUGUUAAUGUACAUUCCUUGAUGUUCUAUUUGUUAUAUUCUUGGAGUGAGUGACCAAACUAUUUUGUACUCGUACACAACUUGCUGAGCAUGUUCAGUUGGUUUAUAAUAAAAAGUAUGUGUUCAUAUGCUGCUUUAUCAUGUAGAAACACCUGGAAUCACUUGACAACAUAACAAUUUCAAGAUACAUUGGCUGUUAUUUAGAUGAAGGUUGUAGUGAAGAUAGAAUUUUGACAUGAAAAUUUUCAUCAUCCAAUAUAGUUCUUGUCUGCACAUUCUGACUGUCAUAUUGCAGAAAUUAAACUUUGAUGAGCUUGUUCUGAGUUCAUUAAUUAACAAUGUUGGAAUUUGCUUAGCUGGAGCUAGGAUUUGAAAUUUUCCAAUCUUGAUAUUUUUCCUUAUUGGAAAAAUUAAAGUCUGGCUUUCUAAAGAAAAGGAUAGCUUACUGCUGCUGUCCAAAACAGUCUUUUGUAUAACUUUUAUCAGUUCUCUUAAAAUUGUUUACUGCGAUUGAUGUUUGUCCUUUUUAAAUAGUAUAUACAUCCUAAUAUGAAGAGCAUCCUAUGGUGCUUUAUGGAGAAAUCUAAAUAUAUUUUGCUGAUAAAAUGGACAUUCCCAAUGCCAAAAUUUGCUGGAUCAGGCCAAUGUAAAAAAAAGUACUUUAUACCAAAUCACUGUUUUAUAAUCUGCAAUUUACAAUAUCUGUAAGAAAGUGAAAUUUGAAUUGAAAAUUAACUUAUUCUUAAUAUUUUAUGUCAAUGGCAAUUACCUUUCUGUAAAUGGAGAACUUUCUCAUUUAAUGGAAUAAAAGGGAAUGUC